UACCCCUGCGGCACCCACUGUACCUUUCCAAAUAUUGCUUGGCAGAUUCUGUCCAAUAAAGUAAAGACUCGCUUCAUGGUACGUGCAGCCUUCACAUAGGCUUACUGUAGACACCACUUUUUCUUGCCAAUAAUGUGUAUAUAUUCGAGCCUCUGGCCGCCCAUCUGGUAGAUUGGUUCAGCGGCGGCCAUGGCGACAGAGUUCAAGCACCUGGUGGUGGCCAAGUUCAAGGACGGCGUGGCCGUGGAAGGGCUCUUGAAGGAGAUGGAGAAGAUGGCUUCUGAAAUAGAUUCUGUCAUGUCUUUUGAGUGGGGUCAGGACAUUGAAAGCCUGGAGAUGCUGAGACAAGGCUUCACCCAUGCUUUCUUGAUGAUAUUCAAGAGCAAGGAGGAUUUCGCUGCCUUUGCCGGGCACCCAAAACAUGUGGAAUUCUCAGCUACAUUUUCAACAGCUAUUGACAAGGUUGUGGUGCUUGAUUUCCCAGCUGUUCUUGCCAAGCCUCCAGCAUAGACAUGCAUUACUGUUGUACAAUAAGAAGCUACAUGUGAAAUGCUCAAUUGUGAUUUGUAUGUGUUUUUGCUUGCAAAACCAUGGCUUGCUUUGUACUGUUGCUAUGAAGGUAAGUGAAUGCAUGUAAUUCCCUGCACAUUUCAAGUUUGUAUCAGAAUCUUUUAUCCCCUCUUCAA